UGACGCACAACGGCAACUCCGGAGUUGUUCAGGGGCAGGUAAACAAAAUGGCGGCUGCCUAACAACUGAACUCCUUGCAGGAGGAGGGAGGAGAGGCGAUGCUGCAUGGAGCGGAGCAACGACAACAUCAGUCAGAGGAGCCCGAGGAAUCCGAGUCGAUCCUGGCGCCUUUCAGAGACUAUGUCGAGAUGGACGAGGUCAUUGACUACAUCAGUGACAACGACCUCAUGGGAGUGGACACUUUCAUCCACAGGAUAGAUUCCACUGACGUGAUCUACCAGCCGAGGAAGAAACGGGCCAAAAUCAUCGGAAAGUACCUAAUGGGCGACCUCCUGGGAGAGGGUUCCUACGGCAAAGUCAAGGAGAUGCUGGACUCUGAGACACUGUGCAGGAGGGCCGUGAAAAUCCUCAAGAAGAAAAAGCUGAGGAGAAUCCCGAACGGGGAAGCGAAUGUGAAAAAGGAAAUCCAGUUGCUCAGGAGACUACGACACAAAAAUGUAAUCCAGUUGGUAGAUGUGCUAUAUAAUGAAGAAAAGCAAAAAAUGUAUAUGGUAAUGGAGUAUUGUGUGUGUGGAAUGCAAGAAAUGUUGGACAGCGUCACAGACAAGAAAUUCCCAGUAUUUCAAGCUCACGGGUACUUCUGCCAAUUGAUUGACGGCCUAGAAUAUUUACACAGUCAAGGAAUAGUCCAUAAAGAUAUUAAACCAGGCAACCUACUCCUAACAACGGAUGGCACUUUGAAAAUCUCGGACCUAGGAGUAGCUGAAGCAUUACACCCUUUUGCGGAGGAUGACACAUGUAGAACCAGUCAAGGGUCACCAGCAUUCCAACCUCCAGAAAUUGCAAAUGGCCUUGAUACGUUUUCGGGGUUUAAGGUGGAUAUUUGGUCUGCGGGGGUGACAUUGUACAAUAUUACAACUGGACUUUAUCCAUUUGAGGGAGAUAACAUCUACAAAUUGUUUGAAAACAUAGGGAAAGGGGAGUACACCAUUCCAGAAGAUUGUGGGCUGUUGCUGUCUGAUUUACUGCAAGGAAUGCUUGAAUAUGAUCCUGUGAAAAGAUUUUCAAUACAACAGAUCAGACAGCACAAUUGGUUUCGGAAAAAACACCCUCAGGCAGAAAAUCUUGUUCCUAUUCCUCCAAGCCCAGAGACCAAGGACAAGUGGAGAAGUAUGACAGUGGUGCCUUACCUGGAAGACUUGCAUGGUUAUAAUGAUGAAGAAGAUGAAGAUCUGUUCAAUGAAGAUGAAAUAAUUUAUACUCAGGAUUUUACAGUACCAGGACAGGUGCAGGUGCCUGAAGAAGAAAUUGAGCAAAACGGCCAAAACAAGAGCAAAGGCAGCCACAAAACAGUGUGCAUGAAUGGCACAGAGGCAGGACAGUUUAACAGCAAGGUCAAAAAUGAACGGAGGUCGAGCUCUUCUUCCAAUCCAUCCCGCAAAGCCUCCACCAGUAGCAGCAAAAUUCGGAAACUCUCUGCAUGUAAACAGCAAUGACCCAUCUGUAAACUCUGUGUGGUAUGUACUGGAGCUUCCAUUAAAUUAUAUUUGAACUGGACACUAUCUAAGUGCACACUUUAAUGUGACAGUCCAAUUGUAUAUAUAAGUUUGUUAAGGAAUAGAGACUGCAUUGAUUCAUAGUAAUCGGAAUAGGGCCAGUCAUUAGUCUCUGUGAGAUAUGACUAUAUUAGCGAACAUGACUUUCUUUACUGUCACUUCAUAGUGUGACAGAUUGCUUUAAACUAUACUUUUCCAGUUCAAACAUAAUAAAAAUUGGGUAAAAUUGAACUGUAGUUGAAUGGAAACCCAACAUGAAGUCACCAGAUGCCAUAUUCGUAUUACAGAUUUAAUAUUGUGAUAUGAUACGAUCAAGACAUUAAAGCUCCCCAAAACAAAAUGGUAGGUCACUCAUAUUUUGCGCUGGAUGAUUAUUGUCAUAUAAAUUUUGUUUAAUUAUUUAGAAAACAGCCUCUGUUUCUGUUCUUUUUGUGUGUGUGUGUAUAUAUAUAAUAUACAUACACUUGAAAGUGAUUUAUUUUUUUGUAAACAUACUAGACUUGUGAGACAGAAUGAUAUUACUUUUAUUUCAGUUCAUUUUUUAAAAAAAAUGGUAGCAAUCCCAUUCAUUUGUCACUUAAGAUCAAAUUAAGGGAAUGGGUAUAAUAUAUAUUUUACAAAACAUAUUUCGUUAUGUUUGUAACCACACCAACCCUUUUUUGUUUUUUUUAUCAAUUUCCUAUACUUUCAAUUUGCUGUACUUUGAGAACCUCUUAUGCAAAAAGAGUAUUCUUCGUAUUGAAAGAGCUGGAACGAUUUGUCAGAGCUUUUGAAGUUGGCGUUCCUUCAAAGCUCCUAAUAGCUGAUAGCCAGUCCAAUGUUGAGCUGCUUUUUAAACAAGAAUUGUGAUGUGGUGGAAUAGAUUUUAAUUUCACUGCUUGGUGGAAAACUGCUGGUUGAGAAUCACCCCACCUGAUACGCCUUAUUUAUGUUGAUGUAAAGGACAAAACAGCAGUGCAUAUAAUGGAUAGUCACUCUGCCACCGUCAGAUUUAUACCUGGUAGUGAAACGUAAAAUCUCUCCCAAUCUCAAGUAGUACUGUCAUGUACUUGCUGAGAAUUGUUCCUGCCUCAUAUAUGGUUUACGUCUGAGUCAGCUUCGGAUUCUGUCUGAGAAAAUGAACUGCAAGGAAUAUUUAGGUGGCUCAGACAGCAGUAGUGUUUCCUGCAAAGCUUCCAGGAGUAAUUUGCAACAUGCAAGAUGAAACUGAUGUCAGCCUUUUCUGCUCCUGAAGGCUUUGCAUCAACCACCCAGAAAUCUAGAUUAUUUUAUACAUGUGGUUAGUAGAUUUGACUGAUAUGUUUUGGGACUUGAAGUGUGUAACUGUAGCUCUUUGCUGGGGAUUACUCUACACUGCCAUGUUACAUAGCUUUUGUCCUCUGAAUUUUAAUUUUGUGAAACAGGAUUGUAAUUUUAAGAAUUGAACCUGUUAAAGGAGCAGUACGUUAGAUGUUUUAUGUUUUUAACAUUAAAUUUUUACAUGCUCUCCUCCCUCCUAAUGUAUUCUUUUUUAUAAAUUGGUACAGUUAUCAAAGCAUAUUCUCAAUCCAGUCUUUGCAGUUUCCAAGGAAGAACUAUCAUUCUUCUGUACUACAGCUGGUUAUAAAUGUGCAGCUGCAGUUCCCACUUUCAAACUAAGUAAAUAGCGCUGGUGCUACCCGAACAAAAUGACAUUUUAUUUUUCAUUAUUGUUUUCAUGUGUGUAGGUGCCCUUGACUGUUUGUUUGCAGUAGACUAAUAACUAGCCAUUCUGCCUCUAACCAGCCUAGACCCAGGACGUGCUGCUCCUUGAAGUUGGCAAAUAAAAGUUUUUUUAAUGAUUACUUUUGUAUGUUGAAAAAUGUAUAGCAAACCACAGUUUUGGUAGAAAAUAGUUGGUGAUUGAAAGUUCUCAGCUGCUUUGAAAACCAUAUUUGAAGACUAAAUUAAAUGGAACAUAUUUGUAAAUGAA